GCCGUGGGAACGAGUGUUGUGCGUGUCCGGCUGUUACAUUCACGUUUUCAUCCGGUGGUUGGAAGAUGAAAAAUUUUAGGUGGUUCCAAAGCGGUUCCGACUACAAAACCUUUCACGAGUGCUUCGAGGUACAAUAGUGAAUCGAUAAUCGCACCGUCUCGGGCAGAUCCACAUAUUCGCUGAAGAGGUGAACGCGAAACGGAAACUAAUUGUAUUGUUGACUUGCUGGAGGGAACAAGUAAAAAUACAAGACGAAGUCGUCCAUAAACAAAGAGAUCACCAUGGGAAAGGCUGACGUGGCUGCCAUGCCCUUACAUCACAACCAAAACGGCGGCCUCCACUUCUACGGACCUCAGGGAUGCAAGCCACUGUUUAGACAGUCUCCACCGCCAGAGGCGAACGGAGCCGACCUGGACCUGCCGCAGGGCAUGGAACUACUCGAUAACCAAGUGGCCGGUCAUAUGAACGAUGGCAAAUCCGUGGGAAUGAUCAGGCACGGAGGAACGGUGCUGAAACCAGCAUUCAAAAAGGAAUGUCACGAUAGGGAGGAAUAUUUCUAUAAGGAGCUGAAGGACACGGUGGACCGAACACUAAUCCCACUUAGAGAUUUGGUUCCGAAAUUCCAUGGCACGGCUGAGGUAACGGUCAAUGGACGCUCGCUUUCGUGCUUGAUACUUGAAGAUCUCACCAAGGAUUACAAGGAACCAUGUAUCAUGGACAUCAAGAUCGGCAAAAGAACUUGGGACCCCAACGCCAAUUACCAGAAGAUACUCAAUGAAAAGAUGAAAUAUGCUGAUUGUAAAAGAGACUUGGGAUUUUGCAUACCCGGCUUCCAAGUGUACAAGGUCUACAACAACGAACUGAUUAAAUACGGCAAAGAUUACGGAAAAAAACUUGAUAAGGAUUCCGCUGUUGAUGCGAUCAAGUUGUUUUUGAACGCAGACAGAGGUUUCUGCAGAAGCUUGAUAGUACAAAUACUGGCGUCACUGUGGCGCAUCCAACAUUGGGCACGCAACCAACGAAGACUAAGACUGUACUCCUCAUCGAUUCUUCUGGUUUACGACGCCCGACGAUUGAGAGAAUGCAUCAAAAAAAACCUAAAGUCAACCUUUAAACUGCAACGGAAAAACAGUCUGUACCGUCCAAUGAGUCUUGCAGUUUUGAACAACGGCAUGGAACGAAUACAAACCGGUUUUAGUGGACAACUAACGCAAGACGGUCCGAUCCUCAGAUCACCUACAUCACCAAAAAUCGUCGAUUUUGAAGUGCCCAAUCCGGUAAAUAACAACAACACGUGGCAAAAGUCGAUCAGGCAUUUAAAGAGGACACAUUCCUUCCAAAACAACUACGACAAAGAUGUGCAGAACAAAAAGCAAGAUUACACGUAUAUGCUGGACGAGUUGUGCAGCGAUCACAAGUCGGAAUGCUGGGCCACGGUGAAGAUGAUCGAUUUUUCGCACGUUUUUUCAGCAGAAAAUUGCGAUAUUGAUCGUAAUUAUUUGGACGGUGUAGAUAAUCUUGUUGCGAUCUUCGAAGAUUUCCUUAUUGAGAGUGAAUAAAAUUCAAUUUAUUGGCUGUGUUAAGUGUUAUAGAAUUUAUUUUAGAUUGAUUUUUAAUCACUCCAUUCUUUACUGUACGCUUUAAUUUUCUGCUCUCUCCGAGAGGAUGGUUUCCGUCAGUAUUUAAAUUUUUAAAGAAUUGUAACAUUUGGAUACUUUAAUAAAUGUAUUUCAU